UUGUAUUUCAUUUCACAUGGCAUAUAUGGAAAUCUUAUCCUCCAAAAAUAUAAUAACAUGAAUACAAGGGAGAUCUGGGUAAUCUCUCUCUCUCAAUCUCAAUCUCAAAUGGAGAUCUGGGUCAUCCUCUUCACCACUCUAUGCCUCUGUGCUGCCCUUAAGCUUCUCCUGGAUUUCCUCUCACACAAUACAAAUCCCAGAUGCCCACCAGGCCCUUGGACAGUACCCAUCAUAGGCAACUUCCUGUGGCUUCGUGGGAGCUUGUUAGAACUUGAGCCAGUCCUAUUGAAGCUCCAUGCCAAGUACGGUCCAGUCUUCUCUGUACCCAUUGGCUCCCAACCCAACAUUUUCAUUAACAGCCGUUUCCUUGCUCAUCAAGCCCUCAUCCAGAAUGGAGCCAUCUUUGCCGAUCGCCCGCAUGCCCUAAAUCACUCUGCCACUAGCACGCAAAAGGCCAUCAGCUCUUCUCCUUAUGGCCCUUACUGGCGGCUCCUCCGCCGGAACCUCACCUCUGAGAUCCUCCACCCUUCUCGGCUGAAGAGCUACAGAAACACCCGCAAAUUGGCCUUGCAAACACUUGUAAGCAAGCUCAAAGACCAAUCUGAAUCUGGCAAAGCCAUUUGUGUGACCACACAAGUUCGUCUCUCCUUCUUUUCCAUAGUAUUUUCCAUGUGUUUUGGUCAAAAAUUUGAUGAGGAGGUUAUCAAAAAGGUCGAAGCUUCUCAGAGAACAUUCACUACCAAUUUCAGUAGAUUCAGAAUCCUGUCCUACAUGCCAAACUUAGGAAAGAUGAUCUUCAGGAAGUUGCAGAAGGAACUGCUCGAUCUGCAGCAGUGCAGGGCAAAUAUUCUCACCCCGUUGAUAAGAUCUCUGAUUGAACGAAAGGAGAAUCACCAUGAGACUGAUGAGUUAGUCGUUUCAUAUGUUGAUACACUGUUGAAGAUUUGGCUUCCAGAUGAAGAUAGGAAGCUCAACGAAUUUGAGUUGCGGACCUUAUGCUCCGAGUUUCUAAAUGCAGGCACUGACACAAUAGCAACGACAAUGGAAUGGAUCAUGGCCAACCUAGUAAAGCAUCAAGAUAUCCAAGCAAAGCUAUAUUCUGAAAUCAUGAGGGUUUUGGGAGAAGAUGAAGAGAUCACAGAGGAGGAUUUGCAGAAGAUGCCUUAUUUGAAGGCAGUAGUUUUGGAAGGGCUGAGGCGGCAUCCUCCAAUGCACUUUGGGUUGUCACAUGCUGUCACGGAGGAGUUUCAAUUAGACAAACAUGUCAUACCUAAGAAUGCUACUAUUUAUUUUAUGAUGGCAGAGAUGGGGUGGGACCCAAAAGUGUGGGAGAAUCCAAUGGAGUUCUGGCCUGAUAGGUUUAUGAGUGGAGAAGGAUUUGAUAUAACAGGAGGGAAGGAGAUAAAGAUGAUGCCAUUUGGUGUGGGGAGGAGGAUUUGCCCUGGAUAUAACCUGGCAUUGCUUCUUAUGGAGUAUUUUGUAGCUAAUCUGAUCAAAGAUUUCAAAUGGAUGGCUGUUGAUGGAGAAGAUGUUGACUUGUCAGAGAAGCAAAAUUUUGAGGUUGUGAUGAAGACUCCAUUGAGGGCCCACAUAUCUCCAAGGGUGAUGUAGUAAGAAUCCACAUUACCCUUCCCUAUAUAUAUAUGUAGAACUUUAUAUUUAUGUAUCUAAAGGUCUGUAUAAUGUAGCACAAUUGCCUUUACAAUGUACAAAACACUCUUAUCCUGAUCAUCAAUAAGAGGUCAAGCCUCAAGAGUCUACCUUCAUGGCUA